AUGAAGCUCCUCAUCGUCUUGUCGCUCGCCCUCAGCGCCAUCGCCGCCGCCGUCGUUGCACCUCGGCAGCCCACAUCGCCAUCCCAUAUCGUCGCCCUCGGCAUGGACAAUUCCGAUAUACCCCUCUACUCAGACGCCGACCCAGUCCCCACUGUCACGACCUCAGAAUCAACUGCAACUACUGAAGACAACUACCAAAACGCCCGCGACAAAAUCCCUUUAGUAACCGAGCACGUCACACCCACAACCUCGCGCCCCGGCGACCCAGAACCCAUCGUCAUCCUCCCCUUUUACUUCCAGGUCAUUGAGAACUGCCUCCCGGACAACAGCAUCCAAGCCCGCGGUGUAUACAAGAACAUGGAUUACGUGUGGGCCUACACUCUAGCCAAGGGCAACACCGUCCAGGUUGACCACGGCAUCGGAGGAUACCCUUGGACAUUCCUGAUCGGACCAUUCGAUUACAAAAACAGCAACCUUCACUUCUCGUACGACAACGGCGACGAUUUCCACUGCGAUUGGAACGAUAGCGAAUCGUGGAAGAGGUGUGGCGAGUGCAGGACGGGGUUGUGGAGUGCGCCGAAGCUUGAUUGUAAGGGAGGCGGAGAGAAGACUAGGAAAAAGAUUAUGAAUUGCUCGUUCAUUAUGGGGUGGAGAAGUAAGCUCACGGGCCAUCCCAUCACUCCUCCUGAGGGGGCAGCCUGA